AUGAAGGAAAAUUUUAUUAUUUGUGUAUCGGUGUUGAUAGCCCUUCAGUGCUGCAUACUUUUACUGCUUUCAACACCUGCAAAUGCUUCGCUCUCUAUUUCAGCUUCAAAACACCCUCUCCGAUGUGAUUGUGAAGCUUUGUUUGCUCCAAUAAGAAUCCUUGAUAUCAACAAUACCGCAGAUUGUGCAGAAUGGAUAUGGUUACCAUCCUAUGAAAACGGUACUCUCAUUCCCAAUGUAAAUAACACAAGUGAGUCGUCACCAUCAGCCUUGAAUGGGAGUGUGAUUAAUUCAACACUAUCUCAUGGGGAAAUAGGAAAUCUUACCUUAAACGACGAUACUUUAAGGGAGACGGUAACUAAACCAACCACUCUUAAUGGAGACCAUGAAAGUAAACUGGGAGGAGGGGCAAUAGCAGGCAUAGUGAUUGGAUCUAUUGUGGGCCUUAUAUUACUUGUACUAAUUACCCUUGCUGUUAUUGGAUUUGCAAUUUUCAAAUCCAAGUACCGAAACGCCAAAUACUUUGUUCAUGAUGUGAGUGGAAAGAAGAGCUUCUCAGAUCUGUCUGCUGAAAUUAUGAGGGCUGCUGAGGAAGACUUUGCCUCUCAAGUUCAAUUUGUUGUGAGUGAUGGUGAAGAUAGUGACUCAAUCCCUAACGGUGACGAAGACGAGCAUGCACAUUUUUACAAUGACGACGAGAUCAUUGUCGACAAUAAUGAGCAGUUUGAAUAUUAA